AAGGUCACCUUUCUCCUCCGCCAAGUGCGGUGUAUGAGCAAUGUCCCUGAGAACACCGUCUACGGCGGGCCAAAGCCCCAGAACCCCAAUCAGAGAGUUACUCUAACCAAUCUGCGGCAGAAGCACAAAAAGGGCGAGCCGAUCACUGUCGUCACCGCUUACGACUACCCAUCAGCGGUACACCUCGACACAGCCGGAAUUGAUGUCUGCAUCGUUGGCGACUCUGCCUCCAUGGUGGUUCACGGUCACGACACCACACUUCCUAUCUCGCUGGAUGAAAUGCUCGUCCACUGCCGCGCUGUUGCUCGUGGUGCCAAGCGCCCGCUACUUGUCGGUGAUUUGCCCUUUGGAACAUAUGAGUCUAGCACUAGUCAGGCAGUUGAUACAGCAGUAAGGGUGUUGAAGGAAGGAGGAAUGGAUGCUAUCAAGUUGGAAGGAGCAUCACCUUCGAGAAUCAUUGCUGCCAGAGCCAUUGUUGAAGCUGGAAUUGCAGUCAUGGGGCAUGUGGGACUUACUCCUCAGGCAAUUAGUGUGUUAGGGGGAUUUGGGCCUCAAGGGAAAAAUGUCUCCAGUGCUGUCAAGGUUGUGGAGACUGCACUGGCUUUGCAGGAAGCUGGAUGUUUCUUGGUUGUUUUAGAAUGUGUUCCGCCACCUGUGGCUGCUGCAGCCACAUCUGCCCUUCGGAUUCCUACAAUUGGUAUUGGAGCUGGACCUUACUGUAGUGGACAGCUCAAUUUUUGAAUCUUGUUCCAUUAGAAUUUCUAUUUU